GACCGGCCCAGCCCGGCUGAAAAGGAGGGCUCGCUCGCCCGUCGCCCCCACCACCGGCACCCCGCGAGCCCCGCCGGCGUUGCUUGGGGUGGGGGCGGCGGGCAGAGCACCAUGGCUGUGUCGUGGAGGAACUGGCUGGCCAACGAGGGGAGCAAGCACCUCUUUCUGUUUUUCUGGCUCUCACUGAACGUGUGGUUCUUCUGGAAGACCUUCCUGCUCUACUGCCGAGGGCUGCAGUAUUACUAUCUGCAUCAGAUGUUAGGGCUAGGAUUGUGUGUUAGCAGAGCUUCAGCAUCUGUCCUCAAUCUCAAUUGCUGCCUGGUCCUGCUCCCAAUGUGCCGCAUUCUCUUGGCCUUCCUCCGAGGAUCUCAGAAGGUUGCCUGCAGGAAGACCAGAAGGCUGAUAGACAAAAGUAAAACCUUCCACGUGACAUGUGGUGUUACAGUAUGCAUCUUUUCAGUUUUACAUGUUGCUGCUCAUCUGGUGAAUGCUCUUAACUUCUCUGAGAACUACAAUGAAGAUUUUCUGGCAAUAAAUGCAGCAAACUAUCGUGGUGAGGACCCAAGGAAACUCCUUUUUGCUACUGUUCCAGGUCUGACUGGAGUCAUUAUGGUGUUAGUGUUAUUCCUAAUGUGUACUGCUUCUACAUAUGCCAUCAGGGUUUCAAACUAUGACAUCUUCUGGUAUACCCACAACCUUUUCUUUGUCUUCUAUAUACUGCUGAUGCUGCAUGUUUCUGGGGGAGUGCUCAAGUACCAGACCAACUUAGAGGAACACCCACCUGGUUGCUUUAAUCCUAACAAAACGCUCCUAGGGAAUAUGACAGUGCCAAAGUCUUUUGAAGAGCUGUUUCCUGACUAUACUACUGAGCCUUUCCCAGAGGACUUAACAUUUCCACAACCCCUUGUACAAAGUAACUUUAUGAGAAUUUGUUCCAAGGAACCCAAGUUCCAGUCGCACUUCCCAGAGACUUGGUUUUGGAUUUCUGGACCUCUGUGCUUGUACUGUGUAGAAAGGCUGUACCGCUACAUCCGCAGCAACAAGCCAGUCACAAUAACAUCAGUGAUAAGCCAUCCCUCCAAUGUCCUUGAAGUAAGGAUGAUCAAAGAUGACUUUCGAGCAAGGCCUGGUCAGUAUGUUAUUCUACAUUGUCCAAGAGUGUCUGGACUGGAAAGCCAUCCAUUCACCCUUACAAUGUGCCCUACAGAUACCAAAGCAACGUUUGGGGUCCACCUUAAAGUAGUAGGAGACUGGACAGAAAGAUUUCGGGAUUUACUGCUUCUACAUUCAAAUCAAGAUGCAGAGAUUCUGCCCAUCUUUCAGCAAAGGCACUAUCCCAAACUGUAUGUGGAUGGACCUUUUGGAAGUCCCUUUGAGGAGUCCUUGAACUAUGAGGUCAGCCUCUGCGUGGCUGGUGGUAUUGGAGUUACACCAUUUGCAUCAGUACUCAACGCUUUGCUUGAUGGCUGGAAGUGCUACAAACUGAGAAGGCUCUACUUCAUCUGGGUGUGCAGGGACGUCGAAUCUUUCCGCUGGUUUGCAGAUUUGCUCUGUAUGUUGCAUAACAAGCUCUGGCAAGAGAAUCGACCAGACUAUAUAAACAUCCAGCUGUACCUCAGUCAAACAGAUGGAAUACAGAAAAUAAUUGGUGAAAAAUACCAAGCCCUAAACUCGAGGCUUUUGAUCGGACGACCCCGGUGGAAACUCCUUUUUGAUGAAAUAGCAAAGUAUAACAGGCGGAAGACCAUUGGAGUUUUCUGUUGUGGACCAAGCAAGAUGUCUAAGAUACUUCAUAAACUGAGCAACAGCAGCAACCCUUACGGGACAAGGUUUGAGUAUAACAAAGAAUCCUUCAGCUGAAAGUCUGUUGGACUUGCGAGAAUCUCUGGAAGAUAAAAGUGCAAUUUUUUGUUUGUACAACUUUAAAGUUCCACUGUGGUUUAAACAGAAAUGUACCAAAGAGUAGCACAGUUUUUCUUAUUUAUGAUUAUUUAAAACUCUGGAAAAUGAUGAAUAUAGCAGUGUACCAACAAAUGUUAAGUGCUUAUGCUCAAAGCCAAAUGCGCUCACACAGUAUUUGUGGCAGCAGUGAUUUUUUGGAGUUGUUUCUGUUAAUUAAAAAAUACGAGUGCUGGGGACAAAUGCAGUUGCUUUAAAAGCCAAUAGAAGUGGAAUGUUCUUCCACUUCAAUCCUCUGAAGUUGGAUCAGUAAAUGAAACCCCAGGUUAAUCCAAAUGACAAAUCAUAGGGCAUUUCAAAGAAAUACUGCUUUUGUUGGUAUACAGACCUUGUGACUUUGGAGUGGAGACACUCCAUGUUAAAGGUUUUAUGCAUUACAGAACUGGGAUUCUAUAUGUCAAACAUACUCUGUAACGGGUGUCAAUAUUCCCACUUUGAAUAGAAGAGAGAGUGGAAUUUAGGAGAAGGAUGUAAAUCAACAUAAAGGAAAAGUGAGCACAACAGCCCUAGCACCUUUGGGCAGACUCAGCCAUGAUGUAUAUCACAGCCUUUUGGCAAGGAAACAGCUGUACCUGGAAAACGCAGUAUCGAGCAUCAAUUCAGCAUUCAGUGAGUUUGCAAAAUAAGUGUGAUUUAUGCAGCCAGAAAGAUGGAGCAAGAAAAGCGAUUAACAGGAGGAGACAGGAUAUGAUGUUUUAUUAUACCACAGGCUCAGCAUGGAAGUUGCACUCACUUUGCACUCACAUGCCCUGAAUGUCAAAUACUUACAGCAUUCAGAUGUUCUUAGUGAUUAAUGUACAAUGCAGCAGGCUGAAAUCCUAUUUUAGGAGUUGCAGAGCGUCUUUGGUUGACUGUGGUCCUUUGACUGGAGUCAAUCCAGCAUUUGCCAUUGCUGGAGUCAUGCUUGUUGGUCAGUCUCACCGAUCUCUUGUUUGUUCAGUCCGGUUGGUGUCUCUGAAAGCAGAAUCGGGCCAGAUCUUCAGCAGGGUGAAGCAGGGGUGAAGCUUUCUUUACUGUGGCUCUUUGCAUCUUGUGUACAGAUAGAUACUUUGCAGGAUCUGCACUGUGUUUUCAGUGUGUUCUAAAAGGGAGGGUCUAAAACAUCCAAAUUUAAGCUCUUCUUCCCUUCUUAUUACCACAGCUGCUUUCCUGACUUCUCAUAGUUGCCAUGAGGUUGAAACGGGCACUUUAAAACGUUUUGAUUCAGAGUAGCAGCAUUUUACUUACUCACUUCAGUAGCCAAACCAAUUUUAUCUUAUUUUCUCUUGACCUUCUUUCUCUUAUUUUGCCAUGAAAGGAACAUUUGAGCUGAAGUCAGACAUGUAGCUGGCAUAAAUAGGCCUCAUUCUAGAGCAUCUUAAUACAACAGCAUUGCUUUACACUUGCUGAAAACCUGGCCCUUCAGCAGCAGCUCGGAAGCAAAGCCUGUAGUGUCUACAGCAUGUGCAGGUAUAUGAUUGCUCAGCAUCUCUCAUAGCACAGGUUUACCUGUAUUUAGCACAGUGCAUUUGAUUCAGCAUAGAGCUUUCCAAUGCAUGCAUUUUUCCUUUCAGUAAAAACAAAUCAGUAAUUUCUCACAGCACAGGCUCUAUAAAAGAUUCUUCAAGUAUUGGUAUCAGCAGACAGAGGCAAGCUUUUCUCUGGUAGGUGAUGUUUUGGUAUGGUGUAUGUGUAACUAGAGAACACGUAUUUGGUCUUUGCCAUGGCAGUUUCUGCUCAGGAUUUGCUCUAAAUGGUGUGGCUGGAUGCAGUGCAGCAGCACAGCCCCGCGGGGAUGUUUCUUAUUGCCUGGACUUUGCACUGAAGUUCUUGCCUCUGGCUCUGCCCGAUUUGAAAUUCAGGAGGGAAGGGAAGAGCCAGAGAUGGACUAAUUUCUAGUGAUGAGAAUUCUCUUAAGUAGCCUGGAGGAGAGAGAAGCCAAAAUUGAAAUGUGAGAUGGAAGCCUACAUUGCAGCUUGUGAUUUCCAUUUUUUUUUUUUAAGUCUGAAUCAUCAUUUUCCCAUUGGAUCUCCUUCAUCUUGUCCCUGUAAACUAGGGGUACACAGAAGAGUAUCAGUUAUUCUUUAAUUAUUAAUAUUUUUUCUAAUACUGCCUGCAUGGAUUUCAUAAUAUGCACAACACUGAUGGCAAACUGCAUAAUCAGGUACUGCCUGUAUUGCAGGCUUUUUUGUUUGUUUGCUGUUAGCUUAAAGCAUGAUUGAAGGCAUGACUGUGAUGGAAGUCAUGACUCCAUCUGUUAACCACAACCACACGGUGAUCAUUUUUCUCUUGUUUUAGUAUCUAGCAUCUAAUGAUUUUUAAAUAUGGUAUAGAGCCUGCUAAUCUCAAUGAUAUUCUUUCUGAUUUCACAUCUCCUCUGAUAGCUACCAGUUCCGUUACUGCAUAAUGAGCAGUUAGUUUUGUGGUGAGCUCUGCGCUAAAACAGAUUAUACUUUCUGGCUCAGCUUUUAUAUAGAUAGUGCUUUAUAAUUAAUAAUAGCACUGUGCUCUUGUGCUGAAUUCUAGCAGGAGCUGACACUGUGUGGAGGAAUGUUAUCCCCUGUUGUUACGUUAGCAGUGCUAUCAGAGCAAGAAGCAGGCAGAGCCUCUGUCCUGUGCCAAGCUCAGCUGACCCCUGCUCUGUAUAUAACUUUGUGCCAGGCAAGUAAAUGAAGGCUGACAGCACUUAAUUCCACAUGUACUUUUCAACCGGAUUUGCGCAAUUGAAUGUCUCUUUACGCAUUACAUUUGAGUCCUGGGAGUGAGUCUGCCAUAAGCUUCCUGCUGACAAGGGAAGGAUCCUGCCAUGUACUGUGCUACUUCUUGCUCACUUGUCCCAAAACUACAUACCCUCGGUGGCAUCUUUGUGUUUUAUUCAUCAUAAAUGUUUGGGGGCUUUUAUUUAAAACAGGAGGGUUUUCAUGCCGUGAUUGAAGCCAAACCCUUUCUCUGCGAAGAAAGCCCAGCCCAGCAGUGUGAGAGCUGGAGCUUUGCACAGCUGGAUUCAUCAGAUUUCCCCAAGCAGUCCUGGACCCACAGCAUGGAGAUUACCUGUCUGAGUAAGUGUUUGCUGCCAUAGUGAAGGGCUGCAGAGAUGAGCCAUGGGAAGUAGCCUGCACCUCAGAGGCCUGCAUUCCACUCCAUUCCUCCGGGAUGGUUAUUCCAGCCCUGAGUUUGGAGUCACUUCACCUUGCAUCCCCAUUUCUGCUUACAGUACUCAGUGCACGUGAUUUCUUCCUUGUCCUUUUAUCUGCUCUUCUAGGAGACAGGAUUAAAAGGACUAUGAGAGACCCCUGUGCACAUCCUUGAACCUGGGCUGAGGAGAGUGGGAUGUACCACAUCCCCCUUGCUGCUGGCUGCACUGCUUAGGGCACUGGUAGAAAUGUUAAGCCAAAUCUGCUUUCCAACAAAAUGCUUAUUGUUUUGCCACACGAAAUUAGAAAAUAGUUGCUGUGAAAGGAAAAAAGAUAAAUCCUCUGUCUGUUUGAAGAUUCCUGCCUAAAUAAGCCUGAUGUGAAGACGUGUAUGGAAACACUGCGCACAUUCAACUUCCAGCAGCACUGGGGGUCACACGCUGCAUCCCUACAGUGGUCUCUCUGCCUCAACACUCAACUCCCAUCAUUAUUCUUUGUUGCAGGUCUUGUUAUUGUAGACUCACAGAACUGUAAUCUCACUAAGUUUGGAAAAAUCUUCUAAGAUCAUCUAGUCCAGCUGUCCACCUACCAUUAAUAUUGCCCACUAAACCACGUCCCUAAGUAUGUCUGCACAUUUCUUGAACACCUCUAGUGUCAGUGAUUCCACUACUUCCCUAUUCCAGUGCCCAACCACUUUUUUGGUGAGCUUGCUUUUCCUAAUAUCCAACCUGAACCACCCCUGGUGCAACUUGAAGCCAUUAAUCUUGCAGCAAGAGAAGUACUACAUAUACUUGCAUGCACACAGAGUCUGAUAUAAACUCAGAGCAACUCAUGAGCAUUCUUUGCAGCCAGGUGCAGAGCUCUCCUUUUGCUUCUAAUGCCUCUAGCACAAAGGUGAGGAAGCGAUUUGGAGCAGGCUGUGAAGGGGCAGAUAAUGUGAGUGGUAGGCUGGCCUCUUGGGGAGCGGUAAUUGAGCUGUAAAAGCCUAACAAAUCCAAGAAGCAGGCUAAGAGAAAAGCCUUUGCUUAACACUACCGCCAGGUUUUAGUUUCAAACUACAAGACGUUGCUUACAAAAGCCAGCAGGAGGCUAACUAGUCAUUGUCAGUAGGAGUCUGAGCCCCUUAAGUCAGAGCAAAGUUAUUAAAAUGCAAUGUUUACUUGUUUAAAAAAUAAAAGGCCUUCUAGGGAGAUUAAUUUUCACUUCAGUCUGGCAAUCAUUUCAUAAACAUGCCAGUGUGAUUUAAGGCAAGCUGGAUCUGUUCUUCUCUGGAUUAUGCAUCUGAUUUGUCUGCAGAUUUCCCACCCCUCACAAAUAAAAGCGGUUUUAUUGUUUUAACAAAGAGGAUUUAACAGCAAAGUUUAAUCAAAACGCCACUGGUGCCCGUGCUGAACUGAGCUUUUCUGUAAUGAACGUACAUUUAUCAGGGAUAUAUAGAAAACAGCUGAGGACUCAACUCUGAAUGGUGAUUUAGAGUUUGAGUCAUCUCUGCUGUUGGUGUAUUUCAUUAAGACCACUGUGAUAAUGCACUGGUGAAAUACAUAGAGCUGAAAUGAGACUUUUCAUUCCCAUAAAGAGCUUGUUCUUAUACUAAGCACAGUAAAUUCCAGAAAGUCUGGAAUUUCCUUUAUAGGAACCCUAUGUCCUCUGCUAGACUGUCACAUGCAAUGAAUGCACAAGAUUUUGAGCAACAAAUGCUUCUUCAAGAGCUGUUCGAAUAUUUGUAAAGAUUUUGCAUUCUCCUGAUUGCAUCACCCGUGCUGUGGGAGGUAUGGGGUAUGUUUUCAUCCUGUGGAAUGCUGUGCACUACCUCUGAGGUUAUGAAUAGCUCUGAACUUCACUGUAGUGAAUGCUCAAGGUUUGCAGUGUCUGAAGCAUUAUGUUGUCUGAAAAGGUCAUAUCAUAUGGACAUGGUUUAGUGGGCAUGGUGAUGAUGUUUGGGCUAGAUGAUCUUAGAGGUCUUUUCCACCUUAAUGAUGCUGUGAUUCUAUUUCUGUGCUGUAGAAACAGCUAAGGAUCUGCCCCAUUAUUUGGGGAAUACAAGGAGAAAGCUGGAUAAAGCAACCCAUCCCAAUUUCAGAGUGCCUCUUAACAGAGUCCUUAAAUUUCAGGGUGUGUCAUACCUUGUGGAAAGUACUAUUUGGUAUUUUAAGUGCCUCUUUCUGGCAAAAGUCUGGCUGUCCCACAGCCCCAAACCUGCACCUUCUUCCUAAUUAUCUGCACUGUUACACCAGGAGGGGAGAUCUGUGAGUAGCUCCUUAAGCUGUCAGCUGAGGAGCAAACCGAGGAGGGCAGAGGAGGAUGAUGAAUUUCCAGCACGUGAAUAGCUUGAAAUAUUUAGAAGCUGAAAGCAAAGGGGAAGGUGGGGGACGUUUCUCCCUGGUUCUUCAGUUUCAGAAAUUAAAAGCAAGCCCUGUUUUCUGGAUGUGGAUGCUAAUUCUCCCUGGGGUUUGAAAACUGUUGUAUACAGAGAUAGCCUUCCAGUGCACAACUCAAAGCUAAAACACAGAAGAAAACUAGUAUAUUUUAGUAAAACACCUUGGAAAUAAGUAAUUUACUUGAAAUAAAUUCACCAUUGAUUCUUGCUUCAAAAAAUAUCUACUUCUGUUUUGCAGCUUUGGGGUUUGGAAUGGCUUUACCUCUUUUUCACCAGAAUCAUGGAGUAUAUAUAGUUCUCCAUGCUAGCUGUAAGUAGCUUUGACAGUUCAAUAAAUACAUUCUGUGUUCUUUGCCGCUGACCCUAGGUAAGGACAGCCUUGAGGAUGUGAAGCAGCGUUGCAUAAAUGUGCAGAGUACAUAGCAACACUGAGAAGAGAGAUGCUGCUGCAUUGCUUUUGGUGCACUAGGCAUACAUUAAAAUUCUGUCAUUGCAAGGUCGCAUUGCUCAUCUCAUACUCUACAACCCUGGGUAAAAAUGGAAGGUGGGGGAGGAAGAGCAAAAGCUACCACCUUGUGCUAUAGCUGAGAAUGUACUCAUCGGCAGCAUUUCUUUCUAUUUCAAAAGAGCAUGCUAUUUCUUUUUUAGGGAUGGUGGAUUCUUUCUUGGUGUUGAGUAGUGGUGUUUGCAUGUUUGUGGUAACAUGUUGCUUCUGAACUGAAUAAAUAACACCUCUGGGUCUUCUAUUCUCCCUUAAAUUAUCUAAGAGAAAAACCAAAUACCAGACAGCAUACAGAGUGGCCUGUGUCCUGAGCUGCUCCAUGUGCAGCCUGGUUAGCAGUGCUGCACAGGAACUCUGCAAGCUGACGGGAAGAUGCAAGGUUUAGGCAAGGAGGAAAGAACUCUUGAAGGAGAAGCACAAUGGUAAUAUAUGAUUUGAAGCCAGAGGCAGGCCAUGUCACAGCACUGGCUGUCACAUCUGAAUGGUGCUGAGGCAGAAGCCUACCCUACAAGUAUACCUGGCAUCAAGGAAAGCUGAGAGCUCUCAAAUUGAGUCUACAGUGUGAGAUGAAAGCAAGUUUAAAUGCAGUUAGGUGAGCCACCUGUCUGGUUUCCAGCUUGGAGCUUGAACCUGCCCUGUCUGAGAGCUUCUAGGUGAUGAGGUAGUCUGAUUCCCACUUGUGGACUCAAUUGUGUAGCUAACUGAGGGUAUGUACAUCCCCUUUGUAUUUCUAUGGCUUUGUAAAAGCAAGUUGCUCAGUGACUGGGAGCAGAGUAACUUACUGUAGGGUUAGUUGCUCAAAAUCCUGUUUUUUUCCUGUUAAGCACAACGGCCUGACCAGAUGAGGAUAACUGCCAGUUUCCAUUGGUAAAUGAAUAUGGCAUGCCCAUAUUUGCACUUGUGUUCACAAGGGAAAAAAAAAAGAAAGAAAAGAGAGAAUUCUGCAGAGAAUUCUUUGUUUUUCCUUUACUAUGUCAGAACAACAUAAUUAGUUGAUGGAAGAGGAAUGAUUAAAAUGGGAAGAUUCAUCCAUGGUAUUCUUUUUGAUUCCUUAAAUGCUUGUAAUUAGACAAACUGUGCUUUUUGAAAGAAACUUAAUGGACAUAAUGCCCUCAAGCAGAGUUGAACAACGUGGCUGAGAUGCAAUGUGACAAAGUAUCUGCUAUCAACUGUGAAAUAUCAUUGUCUGUUGGAGCUGGAGGCAUCGGUGCUUUCAUUAGUCUCAGCGUAUUCCCUGGAAACCUAGUGGGAACUGAGCUUUCAGCUACCCCACUUCCUCCGUGUAUACCUCCAGACUUCAUCUGGGUUUGGUGCUCUGACCUCUGAUUACUGGAAACAGCCUUGUCCGUAUGUCACCGAAUCACAGAAUCAGAAAAUGGUUUGGGUUGGAAGGGGCAUUUGAAGGUCAUCUGGUUUCCUUUUCUGCUGUCACUCCCCUCCCUCAACAUCUUGUUUGUGUCAGGAAGCUCCCUCUGCUUCCCUUCACUCAGGAAAAUGAUGCAAUGGGAAAUGCAGAGUUUAUUUUACUCAGAGCCAUAUUCAUAGCCAUAGCCACAGCCUGGUCUCCAGCCUUUAUAAUGCUCCUAAUGUAUCAGAUCUAGUGAGAGUCGUCUAGUCACCUUAAAUAGCAUUAGUUAAGUGGAUGCAGGAUCCUAGCCCUGAAAAUGCUUUUUUAGAAUGGGAGGAGAGGCCGUGCCACAGUGAUGGGUAAAUGGGAAAAGCACAUAAUAGCCAAGAUUAUAUCAUCUUCUGGCUAAGAAACGGGAACCCAUUUUGUAAGAUUCAGGCUCUGGCCAUCAGUGAAAUUAAGUCAUGUUUCUGCUUUCACACAUAGGCACUGCAAGACAGAGGUCAGUGAUGGAAGAGUUUGCUUCUUUCAAUUGCAUUCUCUAUUUCCAUACACCUCCUAGCUUAUCAAUGGCGUAUAAAUUCCUACUUUCACUGAUUAAAUAUUUCCUCACCCGAUUUCUUUGCUUUAGGGAGCUUGAGAGCUCACUGUUCAUAAAGGGAAAGAAGGAUUGUGCUGUUAAGCAGACAGGUCCCAACACAUAUGUUCUGCUCUGCAUCUUUGAGGAGGCACUGAUGCUUCUGCAACUGCAGAGGGGCGGUUUUAUUGAGAUUCAGAGGCAACCAAGAGCCUCUUGCAGGAUUUCGAUGUUGAUGAAGCUCUGGGUUAAUUAAUUAGCUUUUUUUCUGAAACAAGAAGCUUUAGCCCAUCUGUGCCAGGCUGUGAAACUCUUAAUCCUACUUAGCUUUUCUUUCCCUGUGUUCCUUUCAGUCAUUUGCAAGAGCAAAUUUGAUGAAGCACAUUUGGGUAAGAAAAGGUUUCCUGAUCUGUGAGAAUUCUGGGGAAAAGUCCGAACUGUGACAUUUCCCUCAAACUGACAACCAAAGAGAUAGAUAGUUUGCUCCAGAUAUAUUUAUUUCAUAAUGUGCAAAUGGUUUUAUGUGUGGUUGUUUUUUGUUUGUUUGUUUGUUUUUUGUUUUUUUCUGGUUCUAUUUUUAUAUUGUUUAAACAAAUACAUUUUAGUUUCAGAGCAACAACAACAAUAACAAAACAGACAAAAAAACGUAUAUAAAAUAGAAAAUAUCACGAUGUCCCAAACUUAGACGUUUAUUUAAAAAAAAAAUCCUGCAAAGUUGCUUUGAAGGGGAGAAACUUCUGGAAGCCAACACUCUCUAUAUUCCACUGCAAGAAGCUAUUAUUUUCUAAAGUCAAAGGAUUCCUUGUUGAUUCCUUGCCUUCUCAGCCAAUUUUCAUUAUGAAAAAAGCUGUUCAAACCAACCAAUGCUACCACAGUCUGAGCUUAGAUAAGCAAAUGGUUUCCUUUUAAAGCAGAGCACUUGGAGGAGUUUGUCUGUCUGAGCCCUCAAGACGAUGUCUGUGGCACAUCUAGACAUGGGUGCUCAAGCCCAGAAGUGAGCAGGCUGCCAAGGGCUUGCUGGUGUACUGAGGGCAGGGAGCACAUGAGGCAUUUAGUCUUCAGUCACGGGUUAGAUUAUCUCGUAAUGGUGUAUGAGGCGAUAAGGAUUUUCAGUAGGAAGGGAGGAAGACCAUUUUUUUUAUAGAGUAGAAGGAAGACCAUUUUUACCUCAUUUUGGAUAGCUAUUUGGGAGUCAUAAGAUGUAUAAGUUAGACAGCUGGUCAGUGUCCAAGAAUUUGGCUGCACUGAUACGAGCAUGGGUGUCCUAUGGAGGCCUUAGUCUGUGGUCCCAAUUGAUCAGAAUCCAUUCUCAGGAAAGAUGAUGGACUCAAGAUGGAAAUAUUGCCAUUACUAAAAUUUGGAAAACACAAUAAAUGCUUUCAGCUUUCCGGUUUUCCUUUAGGAACUGAACCUUGGAAGUAGCUAUUUCCAGUUAGCAUGUACGAUGGGAAAGCAUCGUCUUCUCUGUAGAUGCAGAUCUCGACUGUUUCACCACUGGCCACUUUCUUUCCUUGUUCUUCUGCAGUCUUCCAAGUCCCAAAAGAAAGAGGGCUUAAAAUUCUUUUCCUGAAUUUCCAAUUCUGCAAUUACAUAAUUUUCCUAUUUGACUGAAAUAAAGAAAAUAUUUAAAAAGAAGGCAGCAUUUACUUUUAUCUGUAUAUAAUAUACACGGUAACAGCUUUAAAAAGUACUAGCAUAAAUGUCCACACUUUGAGUACUCCGUGUUCUUUUCAGAGAUGCCUGUUUACGUUAAUGCAAAUUCAAUCUGUUCUUAUGUUUUUAUAGAUCAAGAUGUGGUAUGAUUCCUUGAAGAGAAAUGAUUGCUUGGUUUCCAAGUGGAACGGAAACCAAAAUUCGGUCCUGAACUUUCAUUUUUUAAUUUUUUCCCCAGGCUUGACUUCAAGAACAAGAACAGUACUCAGUAGGUUCCUGUCAUACUCUUGUCAUAUGAAAUAGCCCUUUUGUAGCUUUACUUUGCUGAUCCCCAACCGGACAUAGGAACUGUGUUUCACUGGCUGGAUUUAAAUAGGUCACAACUGUAAGUGCGUGCCUGUAGAACUUCAAAGAGUACACAGUGAGCUUUUGGACUCAGCUCAUUCCCAUCAAAUGAAGCAAAGCUUUUAUCAGUUAGAUAUGUAACAAGACUGAGAUAGAAGAUUGAUCAUAAAAAGUCUUGGUUUGUUUUUUUUUCUUUUCUCCUAAGUUGCAUGCAGAAUUUUUUUUCCCAUAGUGUCCCUUUCUUAGGUACACGGUGUUGUGAGGGUAUAUGCAAGCUAUUGGCUAAAGAAGGAAUCAGACAGGGAGGAUUCCUUGGCACUAUUCCAUGUUCUUACCAAGUUUCCUUACAAACUGCUCUUAGGAUUUUCAGUAACAUGAGGAAUCCAAGGUCACUGAGGUUUUGAUGCCCAACUGCAUUAAGCUUCUUCCUAAAAUCCCAUGUUUGUUUUUUGCCAUGGUCACAAUUGAUGAAAAGUUUUAUGAAUUUGCCUGGCAUCACGAUCUGUUAUUAUACCAAGUGCUCGGGAAUCCCUAAGUAAGUUACUCUUACCAAAUCUUACUUGCAAGAUCCUGAUUGCAUUAAAGAAAGGAUACUUAAUUUCCAAAAAUAAUAGGCUGAAAUAGCCAUUUUAUAUUAAUGGUAAUCCUGCUAAGUAAAUCAUUUGGCUGCUGAGUUCUUUUGCUGUUCAGAUGUUAUUGUCGCAUUCUGUUAUGUUAGCAGGACACCCUAACUUGAGUUUAUGUCUUGUAUUGUAUCUGUCAAAGCACCAUCCAUUUAUUCAUCAUGUAAUUAUAGCACUGUACUCUCAAGGUAUUUGCUUUACAGGAAACGUCAUGACUUUGGAAUAAACAAGCAUUCCAAGACGGAGCAAAACAUGA